CGGAAUGCAACAGGCUGAGCUCUGUCGCUGCAGCGAGAGGGACUUCUGACUGACAAACACAACUACUACUCUCCGUCUCCGCUUCACCCGCUCACUUUAACUCACAAGCCGCCCGCCUGUGUGGAGUUGAAAUCCUACGUCUGGUUCCAUAUCUGAUCUGGUCUUGGUCACACCAGUUUCUGGGCAUCCCCCCCCACUUCUCCUCAGCAUCCCUGCUACUUUUCUGCGAAGCGACGCCGCAGAAGCCCGGAGACGAGCGGGGCUGAAUGGCACCAGCCUGUUUCACACUCGCCGUACGCCUCUGACGAAGAAACGGGAGGAAAGAGCUCGAAGGCCUGAGGGAAGUCACCUGAACCGUCAGCUGCACUCUCCGUGAUGGCGACCAACAGGGAGCAUCACGUGCGUCACAUGACGGGUUUCCCGCGCGCCAUGUAUCCGUUCACCUUCAACUCCAUGCGGAGCCACUCCCCCUUCGACCUGCUGGCCAGCAGCCACCUUUUCGGACAGUUCGGAGCCGAUCUUCCCAAAGAGAUGGCUGCAUUGUCGGUGGAGACUCAGAGCACCAGCUCAGAGGAGAUGGUGCCCAGCUCGCCCUCCCCUCCUCCUCCUCCUCGGGUCUACAAGCCGUGCUUCGUGUGCCAAGACAAGUCGUCCGGCUAUCACUACGGAGUGAGCUCCUGCGAGGGCUGCAAGGGUUUUUUCCGGCGCAGCAUCCAGAAGAAUAUGGUGUAUACCUGCCACAGAGAGAAGAACUGUCAGAUCAACAAAGUAACGCGCAACCGCUGCCAAUACUGCCGGCUGCAGAAGUGCUUCGAGGUCGGCAUGUCCAAAGAAGCGGUGCGCAACGACAGGAACAAGAAGAAGAAGGACGUGAAGGAGGAGGUGGUGCUGCCGGAGAACUACGAGCUGAGCGGAGAGCUGGAGGAGCUGGUCAACAAAGUCAGCAAAGCCCACCAGGAGACCUUCCCGUCGCUGUGCCAGCUGGGAAAAUACACCACAAACUCGAGCGCUGACCACAGAGUGCAGCUGGACUUGGGCCUGUGGGAUAAGUUCAGCGAGCUCUCCACUAAGUGCAUUAUAAAGAUUGUGGAGUUUGCCAAGCGGCUACCGGGCUUCACUUCGCUCACCAUCGCUGACCAGAUCACCCUCCUCAAAUCUGCAUGUCUGGACAUCCUGAUGCUGAGGAUAUGCACCCGCUACACCCCGGAGCAGGACACCAUGACCUUCUCCGACGGCCUGACCCUCAACAGGACCCAGAUGCACAACGCCGGCUUCGGCCCGCUCACCGACCUGGUGUUCGCCUUCGCCGGCCAGCUGCUGCCGCUGGAGAUGGACGACACCGAGACGGGGCUCCUCAGCGCAAUCUGCCUCAUCUGUGGAGACCGAAUGGACCUGGAGGAGCCCGAGAAGGUGGACAAGCUGCAGGAGCCGCUGCUGGAGGCUCUGAAGAUCUACACCCGCCGCCGACGCCCCAACAAGCCUCACAUGUUCCCUCGCAUGCUGAUGAAAGUCACGGACCUCCGAGGGAUCAGCACCAAGGGUGCAGAGAGAGCCAUCACCCUGAAGACGGAGAUCCCGGGGCCCAUGCCGCCGCUCAUCAGGGAGAUGCUGGAGAACCCAGAAGCCUUCGAGGACAGCAGCGACUCGGGAGAGAGCGCCACGGCCGCCCCGCCCGCCAUCCAGGCCAUCAAGCAGGAGGAGAAGGCCACGUACGAGUCGGCCUGCGAGGAGGAGGAGGAGGAGGAAGAGGACGAUUACUGGGACGAGGAGAAAGAGAGGGGGCCGGACAGCGAUGGGGAGCCAUGGGGGGAGCCGGCGGCGGCGCCGGCGGCACCGGCGGCACCGGCAGCCUCGCAAAAGAAAGGUGUGACAGGGAAAACGCAGUGAGAGAGACGAGACGAGCUGAGCAACACCGCCUCCUGGGAACCUCACCGAUCACAACACAUAUCUACACAAAGUCUGCUUACUGACUGACUGACAGGAAAAAAAACGUGUUAAAUUUAGUGUCGAAAAUGAGAAAAUUGAGAAGUAAAAGCACUACAUUUCAGCGGAUCGAUGAGGGCUCCCUCGCCAGACUGCGUCAAAGAUAUUUCUCAUGUGUUUCGUCCACACGCGUAAUGUUGGACCGAAGAAAAUGCACUCCUCUGAUAUCUAUUAAGGGCUAUGCUUUGUAUAAAAUCGAUGUUGAAAACAUUGCAACAGCAGAACUUUACACGGUGUCCGUUUGCCGCAAACGUCUUCUCAGAAUGACUUUGAUGACAGAUAUGCUCCGUAUUCUUCCUUUCAGCAUGUACACAUCUCUAUUCUGCCUUUUGUUGGAUUUUUGUUGCUUUUUUUUUUUUUUUUUUUUUUUUUGUAUAUUUCUCACUCAGUCCAGCUCUCAUUUGAAAGGAUGUGUGUGUUUUUAAGCUUUAAUCUGAUGCAUCUCUCUUGCGUUGGACACAUGAAAAGCAAAAGAGAGCAAAGAGUCUUGAGCCGGACUCAAACUCCCGGUGUGACGAGCACACGGUGUAAAGAAAUCUCUGAAAGAGAAUCAGAGCUGUGCUUUUCGCUUUGGUGCUUGGGGGCCAAAUAGGUUAGACACAAAACAAACGGAGGAACACCUCUUUGAAAAUGUCGCACAUUUAACAAUAAUGAAAAAAAAGAAGAAGAAGAAGAAAUCAGUCGUGAAUCUGCAGGGUAGAUUUAAUGAAUCGUCACGCAAUCUCAGGUUGUUUUUGUCCAUUUACAGUAUUUUCUGGCGCCGUGGAAACACCCCCCCCCCCCCCCCCACAUUGAAAGAUGUCCUUUCAUCUUGACAAUGAUAAUACUAUGCUGCACAUGCUCGUGGUACACCAGCCAGGUACAGGAAAGCCAUAACAAUCUCACUGUUUUGAGGAGCGAAGAAUCAUCCGAUCAGAUGAAGCUUUCAGCAGCAGUUUACGUCAUUAAAACCUCAGGUGUGUGUGUGUGUGUGUGUGUGUGUGUGUGUGUGUGUGUGUGUGUGUGUGUGUGUGUGUGUGUGAGCGCGCGCGCGUGUGUGAAUGUGAGAGCAUGAACCAAAACAUCCGUCAAACGUUCAGUCGUGGUGUUCCAGCAGGAGGAAUCGACCAAAAAUCACAGUAUUCAACCAGCGUCAAACACUUAUGAUCAUCUAAAGCACAGGACAAUACCUUCCACUCGUGUGUUUAUGUGUGCUGUAUUUAAUGACAUGGGUUUUCUGAAUAAAUACGCAUUUGUUUUGUCAUAGUUCUUAAUGCAAGGUGUGUAAAUCUUGUCGUUGUUUUUGUACUGAAAGACGGUGUGACUCUUUUUGAACUCCAUAAAAGCUGCAGAGGAAAAGUUUCUCCAUCACGACGUUGAUCUUUAACGGCGGCGAAGCAGCUGCAACGUAUUCUUAAUGUAGUUUGAUGAAAUGAGGGAUGGAAUUAGUUACAUGAAUGAAGCUUUUGUUUUUGUUUUUUUUUUUUUAUUGAGGUGGAGGGGAGAAUAAGAAGACGUGUGUUGAGCAGAAAUCACAUCCUCCAUGAAAACUGCAGUAAUUUCGAUGUUAAAGGAGUUUUUAAAGCGAUGUAGGAGACAGACAGCGCUACAAACAUCGAGGAUGUCCGUUUCUUCUUCUCUUGUUUUGUUCUUGUAGGAUUUAAAUCUAAAAUCCACAUUUUGUUCAUGCUGUCACACCAAAAAAUAUUUCGUAUACCAUUAGUAAAUCCUACAUACACGUAUUUAAUGAUGUUUUUACAUCAUGUAACAAUAAUAUCUCUCUUUUCUUUUUGUUUUUAUUUUAUUUCAUCUACUUUUUAAACUGAAUUGCUUCCUGAAGUUGAGCUGGUGCAAUAGAAAAGCCAUUGAUGAGGCCGGCCAGGCCUCAACUCUCUCAACAUGUGACAAAUAUGGCAAAUAAAACAGACCAAAGAAACACAAUAUGACAUAUUUGGACAUAAAAAAAAAUGAGUUUUUGUUGUAAGAUACAGUUUAUCAACUUUGAAUCUUGUAAUGACAGGACAUUUGAACUGAUCUUAAACGACCUUUGAAGCUGGAUCCUUUUGUUUCUCUACUUCAUUUGUUAUUGUUGAAUUUUAACGUAUUUCGUACUUUAUAUAAAAACAAUCUCUGAAAGCGUCUGGUGUUGCGUUCAGGGACUCAGGCUCCUCAUGAGUGAUGUUUCAGCCUUAUUCAUAGCUCUGAUAGCUCUUACAAAUACAAAGACUGGGUUGAAAUGUUCUUGUUUUUACCUUUUUUUUUAAAUGAGAAGUCAAUUCUUUCAUGCUUUUGUUUUACUUAUUAUUUGCUUAUUUGUUGUUUCUUGUAUUUUGAUAAAGGCGCUUUUUGUU